CCUCUCCUUCUGAGGAGGAGGCAGUGGUCGUUGGAGAUCCUCCAACCACCACUGCUUCGCUCUCUGACCAACCAACACAGCAGAGCCAUCAAGCCAAACCAACCUGACGCUUUGUUUCAGGCGCCUUACAACCAGCGUGCAUGUCCUCUUCGUUUUCACUUGCACUAUCUUGAUGCAUUUUGAAGGGUGUGAGGCGGGUAGAGUAACCCAAGCCACCUGAUGUACCGAACGGCUUCCGUUUGAGUGUGUUUCCUGGCGUAAAUCACGCCAACGGUUUUUUUUUUUUCUUACGAAAUUCGCAGUCACUGGACACUUCUAGCGCGCUGAAAUGGCAUGCGAAUACCACAUCAGCGCAAUGGCCGAGCGAAACGCCACUUCUUCGCGAAGACUCUCGCUGCUUUACCUCGUCGCGCUUCUCGUUGCGCUUCUAAACAUCUCGGGCGAUUCCAUCUUUGCGAAUGCAAGCGCGUCGGGGAAUGAUGUGCGCGCGCUGCUGGACGUGCGCGAGGCGAUCAAGGAGGCGAACCCGAGCGCGCUGGAGUCGUGGUCGGAGUUCACGGACCCCUGCGGGGGGGGCUGGGAGGGCAAGUUCCUCUGCGACAACGAUGGCCACGUCACCUUCAUGUCGCUCCUCCAGCUGAACCUGCAGGGCCCCAUCCCCGGCGUGCAGCUCGCCACGCUCACCUCGCUCAACCACAUCGACCUGGGGUCGAACUCGUUCACGGGCACCAUUCCCGAGCAGCUGCUGCGACUCACCUCGCUGCUGCACCUGUCGCUGUCGUACAACAAGCUGAGCGGGUCGCUGCCAGGCGGGCUGAGCCAGCUGAAGGGGCUGCAGCAACUGCGGCUGGAGGGCAACCAGCUAUCGGGAACCCUGCCGGCGUCACUCUCCUCCCUCUCCAACCUCACGCUCCUCAACCUGUGCACAAAUCAAAUCACGGGGCCCAUCCCUUCCAACUGGAGCGGAAUGACGCAGAUGGUCAAUCUCCGGCUCUCCUCCAACCAGCUCUCAGGGGACGUUCCUUCCUGGCUCGGCUCCUGGCGCAGCCUUGUGGUGCUCGGCCUGUACAGCAACAAGCUCAGUGGCUCCAUCCCUCAGGACCUCGCCCAAGCCACCACCCUCGUCUCUCUCGCGCUCGACGUGAACGAGCUGCAUGGGUCGCUGCCAGACGCCUUCAGCCGCCUCACCAACCUCAAAGAAUUCCUCAAGGAGAUGUACAUGGCGGGCAACAAGCUAGAGGGCAGCAUCCCUGCGUCCUACAGCGCACUCACGCAGCUCAGGUUCAUUGAUGUGAGCUACAACGCUCGUCUGGGCGGCACCAUUCCCGCCUUCCUUGGUGACUUUGAGAAGCUUCAGUCAAUAGCGAUGCAGUUCUGCUCAUUCACAGGCCCGUUGCCCCCCGCGUUGAGCAACCUGGCGCACCUGCAGGAGCUGCUGCUGGACAACAACGCGCUGCAGGGAGCCAUCCCCGACAGCUGGGGCACGGGGCUGGAGCGUGUGGCCGUGCUGCACCUCAACGACAACCGCCUGAGCGGCGCCAUCCUGGGCACGUUCUGCCACCUGGGGUACGCCAAGGACGUCAACCUCGCGCUCAACAUGCUCUCGGGCCCCAUCCCCAUCUGCCUCACCUCGCUGCGCCGCAUCUCGUCCCUAGUGCUCUCCUUCAACCGACUCACCGGCCCCGUGCCGCCCGUGCCAGCUGGCGUGAAGCUCUUGUUCAAUGUAACCGGCAACUGCCUGGAUGAUGUUGAGGGCCAGCCGUCACCGUGCCCCACCCCGGUGGACACCUCCCCUGCUGAUGCUGCGACCAGCACAAGCAAGCAGCAGCAGCAGCAACAGCAACAGCAACAACAGCAACAGCAAGAGCAGCAGCAAGAGCAGCAGCGGUGGCAGGCACAAGGGAGCUCGUCAUCGGGGUUGUGGAUGCGUGGCUUCCGCGCCGCGCUUCUCUCCACCACCUUUGUGCUGCUAGUGUUAGGCUGCUGACAGACAUAUGUGUACCAUAUUAUAUGAAGCAGUUUUGUGAUGGGUUGAGUGUAGAUUUGUUACCAACCUCAUCCAAUGUGAAUUCCCCAUAAUCAAGCCAAUCUGCCAAU